AUGAUUCUGGUGGUUGAUGAUGAUGGAGACGAUGAUGAUGAUGAUGAUGAUGAUGAUGAUGAUGAUGAUUCGGAUGAUGAUGAUGAUGAUUCGGAUGAUGAUGAUGAUGGUGAUGAUGAUGAUGAUGAUGCUGUUGAUGAUGAUGAUGCUGUUGAUUAUGAUGAUGAUGAUAACGAUGAUGAUGAUGAUGAUUCGGAUGAUGAUGAUGAUGAUGAUGAGGAUGAUGAUGAGGAUGAGGAUGAUGAAGAUAAUAAUGAUGAUGAUGAUGAUGAUGAUGAUGAGGAUGAUGAUGAUGAUGAUGAUCGGAUGAUGAUGAUGAUUAGGAUGAUGAUGAUGAUUCGGAUGAUGACGAUGAUGAUG